GUAAAUUAUUUAAAUUAAAAAAAUUACUCUCUUAUUAUUUAGAAAAGAAAAGAUGGUGGUGCUGGACAAGGAAACUUAACAGCGAAGGAAUGUUUUUGGUUGAGUUUGCAGUGGUUUUGAAGAUCAGCUGUAACUGGGUAACCAAAAUCGCAAGAAUAAAAAACCGCCGUUGGACUACCAAACCAGCCGAGAAUCGGUCGGUCGAACCGAACUGUAAACCGGCUGAUUUUUGAGAAUUUAUCAAAACGCCGCUGUUUGGAUGCACUGAACCCCCAUUUCCCCAACUCCCCAAGCAUUAGUGCAUUACGCCAUUACCCAACCACCCAAACCUGGAACCCUAACUCAGCAACGGCGUAGCUGUCUCCCUCCCUUCACCCUCGAGCUCGUCCUUCCUGUCAACGCCGGCGAGCUGUCUCCGUCACCUCCGUCCAGCCACUGGACCGCUCCCGUCGCCGUCGCAAGUUGGAGCUUCGAAGAUUACAGUCGCGGUCGUGCAGCUCUCCACCAUCGUCGUCGUUUUAGCUCUGGAAGCACCAUCGCCGGGCUCGCCUCCUGCCUCCGUCGCGCACCUCUGUUCCACCGUCGCCGGCCUCAGCUCGGUUCCACAGUCUCAGGUAACAUGUCUGAGAAUCCACUGCAGGCUCUCUUUCAUAACUUUGAGCAUGUCUCCAAUUUCGUUCAACGCCAUCUCUCUAAUCUCAUAGGCCUUCAUCCUCAUCCUCAAUCAUCAGGACCCUCACCCUUUGUUAGACCUCCCCUUUUCUCCAUCUCUUCCUCCUCCAAAAAUCCACUGGCAAAAACUAGUAAUCCUGUACAACUACGUGAUUCGGCUCUCGAGGCAAAGCUUGCUUCCCCAGUGUCUAAAGAAGAUCUUGGAAGGGCCACUUGGACUUUUCUUCACACUCUUGCUGCCCAGUAUCCAGAUAAUCCUACAAGACAGCAAAAGAAGGAUGUAAAAGACCUGGUACAGAUCUUAACUCGAUUAUACCCUUGCAAGGAAUGUGCAGAUCAUUUUAAAGAAGUUAUCAGAGCAAAUCCGGUACAGGCCGGGUCACACGCGGAGUUUUCACAGUGGUUAUGUCAUGUGCAUAAUGUUGUUAAUAGAAGCCUGGGUAAACCAGUUUUUCCAUGUGAACGAGUUGAUGCAAGGUGGGGUAAACUGGACUGUGAGCAGAAAGCAUGUGAAGUUAUUGGAAGUACAUCAAUUUUUGGAUAGAUAUAGCGCAGAAUUAUUUAUUUAUUUAGAAAUGACAGCUACAUUUUGAUGCAUCCGAAAAGGUUCAUAAAGUAAGAAAUAGUUUAAUCGUUUUUAAAUCAAAUUAAUGGAAUUCAUAAAUGAUGGAUAAAUUCAACGAUGAUUAAUUACUCAAUUUAUUAUUUUACCAAUUGUUUUCAGUGAUUUUUUUACAUGUUA